AUGUCAGAGCCUGCUCUCAUGAAUGACCACAACAAACGUUUCCAGCUCGAUGACUCUAACAUAACCCUGAUUUCGUCUGAUGGCUUCCAUUUCAAGGUCCAUCGACACCAGAUAGAAAGUGCUGGGACAGUUUUCAAAGCCAUGUUGGAAUUGGACAACACCGUGGAAGUAUCUAACCAUGUACCUUUCUUGGACGAGAAGAUCGAGGACUCCUUUACAGUCAGUCUAUUUCUUGACAUCAUAUAUGGAAAUGAGUUACGUGAACCAAAGAGCACUGUAGAUUUUUCUAUAUACGAAAACCUCUUACACUUCAUGAUUAAGUAUGACUGUACCCCAGCUCUGCAGUACUUUCGUCACGCGUUAUUCCAUUGGGUGCUGAGUCCCAAAAAUAAAAUCGACCCCAUGGAUAUGUUUACAAUUGGAUCAGCGACGAAUGAUGUCGAGCUUUGCGUCGCCGCAAUCCGCGGUACAGGUAAUUGGCAGUGGUCAACGGGCAACGAGAUAGGGCAAAAAUUAGUCGAUGGUACACGAAAACCCUUCAAUUUCGACCGUGGGAUUACGGGAGCCAGCGUCAUGGAGCUGUCAGCAUGGUCUUUGACUCAAUUUUGUAAGAUCCCAAACACAUACAAGUUCGCGCUCCUAAGGGCAUACCGCUACCCGUCCAAUUCAGAUUACACAGGUAGUAUAAGAGAUUGUGCUAAAGUAGCGGAAGAGUUUGAGGCUAUUAUGCAGCAAAUCCUCAACGAGAAAAAAGCUAAAGAAGCUGUCUAG